CUGGGCACUAGAAAAACAACGGGCCUAAUUACUUCAGCUUCAAUCUCAAAGUAUUCUGUUAUGUAAGAAGACAAACAUAAAUACCAGAAUUGUUGUGAAGAUAGGAAUACGUACAGUUGUAUGAGGUUUCAAAGAAUUAAAACAGUUGUUGACAAAGCUUCGUGAAAAAAGAACGGCAGAUAUUGAAAGUGUAUAGCGUUCUGGUUCAGAAAGGUGCCACAACAAGACUAAGAGGUCCAAGGAACGAUGACGACGAGGCUUAUCAGUGGCAGUGUCCUGGCACCGUUUAUACGUGGAAACCUGGCAUGGAAACCUCUUGUAGCAAGAAGGGUAGACAAAGUUUCAUCCUUUUUGUUGAAUUCAAAAAUACCAAAAGGAUUUGGGAACUUCUUCCCUGAAUCAAGGAAAGCAGGAAAACCUACUGGCAGCACUCCUCCAAGAGGAAGUGGAGAACAGGGAAGCAGUGGUGGUGGUAGCAGUGGGGGAACCGGUGGUGGAAAAGGUGGCAGAGAUUGGUGGAAAGAAUUGAUUGAUAACCAACAAAGUCUGCUCAUUGGCUUAGCAGUCGCUUCUGGUCUUGGUUAUUUUCUAUUUGGAGGCUCAUCAUCAACUCGAGAAAUCAAUUGGCAAGAAUUCAGAACUAACUAUUUAGACAGAGGAGACGUUGACCAUCUUGUUGUCUCCAACAAAAGCAAUGUGAAAGUGUAUUUAAGAGGUGACCCAACAGCUACCCACUUGAGCUUUAACAUUGGGAGUGUGGAUAACUUUGAGAAGAAUUUAGAACGUGUGCAAAUUGAAAGGGGACUUGAUUCUUCACAGUUUGUACCAGUUACAUAUGUGAGAGAGUCAGAGUGGUUGAAAGAGUUUUUGAAGUUGACACCAACGAUUUUGAUUAUUGGAGCCAUUCUUUACUUCAGCAGAAGGCUUUCAGCUGGUGCCAAAGGUCAAGGGGGAAUAUUUGGUGUUGGACAGACAACUGCAAAGUUUUAUAGCAAGGAAACUGGUGUUAAAAUGCGAUUUAGAGAUGUUGCUGGCUGUGAAGAGGCAAAAAUAGAAAUUAUGGAGUUUGUUAACUUUUUGAAAAACCCUGACAAAUACCAAGCGCUCGGUGCGAAGAUUCCUAAGGGUGCAAUCCUAUCAGGACCGCCAGGCACAGGGAAGACCUUGCUUGCCAAGGCCACUGCGGGUGAAGCUGGUGUUCCAUUCCUCUCUGUCUCGGGAUCUGAGUUCCUAGAAAUGUUUGUUGGAGUUGGCCCUGCAAGGGUGAGAGAUCUAUUCGCAACUGCUAGGAAGAAUAUGCCCUGUAUUAUAUUCAUAGAUGAGAUCGAUGCAGUUGGUAGAGCAAGAGGCCGUUCGGGCGCCUUUGGAGGACACGAUGAACGCGAAAACACGCUGAAUCAACUGUUGGUUGAAAUGGAUGGCUUUACGUCGACGACUAAUGUUAUUGUUCUUGCUGGCACUAACAGACCAGAUGUAUUAGACCCAGCGCUUAUGAGACCCGGCCGUUUUGAUCGACAGAUUCACCUUCCUCCACCAGAUAUUAAAGGAAGGAUGUCGAUCUUCAAGGUUCAUCUUAAAUCUUUAAAAAUGGACUUGGAUAUUGAACAAGUUGCAAGGAGAAUGGCAGCAUAUACCCCCGGCUUCACAGGCGCUGAUGUAGCUAAUGUCUGCAAUGAGGCUGCAUUGAUUGCUGCAAGGUUUUCGUCACCAAUGGUGGAGAUGAAGCAUUUUGAGCAAGCUAUUGAGCGUGUUAUUGGAGGCCUAGAAAAGAAAACCCAAGUGCUGCAGCCAGAAGAGAAGAAAACAGUGGCCUAUCACGAAGCUGGUCAUGCUGUUGCCGGAUGGUUUUUAGAGCAUGCUGAUCCUGUUUUAAAGGUUUCAAUUAUUCCGCGUGGCAGAGGGUUGGGCUACGCGCAAUACUUGCCAAGGGAGCAGUAUCUUUAUUCGAAAGAGCAGCUGUUCCAUCGGAUGUGCAUGACCCUUGGUGGCAGGGUUGCUGAAGAGAUAUUUUUUGGAAGAAUUACGACAGGAGCUCAAGAUGACCUUAGCAAAAUAACUAAAAAUGCCUAUGCGCAGGUUGUUACGUACGGAAUGAAUGAAAAAAUAGGAAAUGUUUCGUUUGACCUGCCUCGAGAGGGUGAACCUAGCCUUGACAAGCCGUAUAGCGAGGCAACAGCGCAGCUGAUCGACGAGCAAGUUAGAGAACUGAUCGAUUUAGCACACAAAAAUACAUUUGAUCUGCUCGAGAAACACAAGGAGGAUGUUGAAAAGGUAGCAUUAAGACUACUCGAAAAGGAGGUUCUCAGUCGUGACGACAUGAUUGACCUGCUAGGCCCCAGGCCAUUCCUUGAAAAGUCAACGUAUGAGGAGUUUGUGGCCGGAACUGGAGGUGAAGAAGAAGAUACUAGUUUACCAGAAGGACUAAAGGAAUUUGAAACAGAGGACGAUGGUGAAGACAAGCCUAUUCCAACAUAGUUUGAUAUUAAUUCUAGUGUCCUAAUUUUUAACGCAUACACAGGUCAAGGCCUAGCCUCCCACAUAUGCCAAGUCAACAUUACAAAGUAACAGGAAACCUUUGACAGGUUGAAAAUUUAGCUAUCUGCAUUUGAAUUCACCCAGUCUCCUUUGCACUGAGAGUUUUCUCGCUAAACAGCCCUUGGUUUGACUCAUAUAGCAUUGCACCUUUACCCCUGAAUUCAUUGGCGCAUAUAUUCCAUACGUCCUUUAAGAGGUAUCUGAAUUUUGCAAACGUAAUUGUUUUUGAUCAAGGGCAGGGCUAAGACUCGUAUGUAAAGUGAUGGAAAGGGCUUUUUUGAUACUUCUUCUAGAUCAGACUGUUGUGCCCUCGCUUUAUUGCGUAUGUUUAUAAAUAGAAUGAAAUAUGUGAAAUACAUCAUUAUGUUAACGAGUGUGGUGCAGAUUUAUUGUAUGAUUUUAAGAUAUUGUCUUGUUUUGUUAAAUAUAUUUUGUGUAAGCCACAGGUGCUAAUGGUUUUUCUUGUUAUGAAGGAUUAUUAUCGUCA